AUGCCUCUUUUUGAGGGGGCGACCAAUGUCUCUAUCACUGGCGGCAACUUCACUGAUAAUAGUGGUAACGUGUAUAACUUUGCACACAAUGAAGUUAGGGUACAGCAGACGAUUGAAAAUCUGAACAACUAUGGAGCUAUGAACAUGGCACCCGUGUACGGGGACCUGCGCCAGAACGUGACUCCACGGCGACCGCCCCCACCGAACCGGCCACGAACAGACCCUGCUCCCGGUUACCCUCAACCCCGACAGCGACCCCCAUACAGGCACGGCCAGAGCGACCCCACUUCCUACCAUUCUUACUAUCCGGGCGAACGGUACCGGCACGGAGCGCAAGCGUAUGACCCCAUGCCGCCGGGAAACGCACCUUAUGGACCAACAGCAUUCGACGAUCCUGAUGCCACCUACAAUGACCACGGGGAUGGGACGAAUGGCUAUUAUCCAGCAGACAGGGGCCCACAGUCUCAUAGAGCGCAGGAGUACUUAAGCCCCUACCCACAGCAUGGAUGGCCGCCGACAUACGGCGACCCCAGCUCCCCCCACCAUCGACGAUCACGCUCUGCCCAAAGCACCUUCAACCGCGAUCCAAGUCGAAGCCCCAACAUACGCUCAUCCGCCAAUCAUGCCGGUAGUUUGAGCGACGACGAUCGGCCACCAGAAACCAGCCCCCCCGUCGAGCAAAUGGAAAGACUUUCCUUCGACGAUGUCUAUGGAGACCCCUCCCCGACUCCCCCUAACGCCAGCAUGAACGGCGAAGGGGACAGGUCAAGCGAACGUGAAGAAUCCGAGGAGCCUGAGGAGAUGCCACGAUCGAGGAACAGGAUGAACCACAGCCCGUCGCCGCCAAGUGCGAGCUCGAGCUCUCACCGCCACCCUCCUCGCAACAACGCACGGUCCCCGCAAUAUCCGACUUCCUCCCCCUCAAGCCCAGGUUACAGUGCAUUUGGCCAGCCUAGUGGGGGCAUGGUCUCGUCGUUCCCGUCCGGCUGCAAUCGUUUUCGCGGUUCCAGAGCCGCCGACGUUCCAGCAGGGCGGAGGGUCUUCCAAGCUGCAGCCCAGGAAUUCAACUUCUUCCCUCGCAAGCCUGAGGACAAACAGAAGCCGGAUGAGCACUCCAUUGGGGUGGAAAGGUAG